AAAUCUUGGGAGCUCCAGUGCUCCUAACAUAAGCCAGCAUCUCCUCUCCUCACUCAGCUCCUGGUGCUUCAAGCUUCUCUCUCUCCUUAAACAAGAUGUCUCACCAGAAAAAGCAGCCCACCCCCAUGCCCCCAGUGGGCUGCGGGAAGACCUCCGGUGGGGGCGGCGGGGACGGCGGAGGCGGCGGAGGCUCCGGUUGCGGAGGCUACUCUGGAGGCGGCGGAGGCUCCAGCUGCGGAGGCUACUCAGGAGGCGGCGGAGGCUCCAGCUGCGGAGGCUACUCCGGCGGAGGCGGCGGUUCCAGCGGGAGUGUGAAGUACUCUGGGGGUGGUGGCAGCUGCGGAGGCGGCGGAGGCUCCAGCUGCGGAGACGGCGGAGGCUCCAGCUGCGGAGGCUACUCCGGGGGCGGCGGAGGCUCCAGCUGCGGAGGCUACUCAGGAGGCGGCGGAGGCUCCAGCUGCGGGGGCUACUCAGGCGGCGGCGGAGGCUCCAGCUGCGGAGGCUACUCAGGCGGCGGCGGCGGCGGCGGCUCCAGCGGGAGUGUGAAGUACCCCGGGGGUGGUGGCAGCUGCGGGGGCGGCGGAGGCUCCAGCUGCGGAGGCGGCGGAGGCUCCAGCUGCGGAGGCUACUCCGGGGGCGGUGGAGGCUCUAGCUGCGGAGGUGGAGGCUCCAGCUGCGGGGGUUACUCCGGGGGUGGGGGAGGCUCCAGCUGCGGGGGCUACUCCGGGGGCGGCCGAGGCUCCGGGCAGCAGGUUCAGUGCCAGAGUUAUGGAAGCAUCUCUAGCGGCGGCUGCGGCGGGGGCUCCUCCGGCUGCGGGAGCGGCGGGGGCUCCUCCGCCUGCGGGGGCGGCGGGGGCUCCUCCGCCUGCGGGGGAGCUGGCUACUACUCCUCGCAGCAGACCACCCAGACCUCCUGCAUGCCGCAGCAGAGCUACGGAGGGGGGUCUUCCUGCGCUGGGGGCGGCGGCUCCUCUGGAGGCGGCGGCAGCUGCUUCUCCAGUGGUGGGGGCUCGUCCUGCGGUGGGGGCGGCGGCUCCUCCGGGGGCGGCGGCGGCUGCUUCUCCAGUGGUGGGGGGUCGUCCUGCGGUGGAGGCGGCAGCUCCGGUGGGGGCUCCGGAGGUGGCAAGGGCGUCCCGAUCUGCCACCAGACCCAGCAGAAGCAGGCGCCUACUUGGCCAAGCAAAUAAGGCCAGUUGGACGCCGCGGAGACUGAGGAGCUGGAGCCGUUUUCCGUGGGCGCCUAUGGGCUCAGCGCUCUCUUGAUAUUGCCGAGGUUCCCAAAUGCUUCGUGUGUUACACCCAGACGAAGCCUUAGAGUUCUGGGGCUGCUUCUUGUUCUACAGGUUUUCCUCUUUGGUUUCUGUACAACUACCUCCCAAUCCCAGUGCCUCCUCAGUCAAUAAAUUUGCAAUUCAUGAGAA